AUGGCAUACCACUCCGACGGAGAUUAUGGAACUCUUGACUACCACACGAACGGAAUCAUGGCAUGCAACAGUGCGGAUCACACCGCCGACGACGACGCUACUCACAACGACCAAUUUGACGUAAUGCGGUUCAUGUCCGUGAUCGUGAGGCCUGAGGACAAGUCCACUCAGAAGUGGAACUCUUCGGUACUGCUCUCCAUACAUCUUGGACCUUGGAACCUGUUUCUUCCAUUCACUCCAUAUUGUGGCGCAUCCUUCUCAGUUACAUUGAUACCGCGACGGUACGUCCUUCGACAGACGGCUGUCAGCUUAGACUUUGGGCCUUCACUUCCUGAGCUUGUUGCUUUGAAAACCCCAAGGCUUGGCCAGGACGGCAAACGCAACGCUCAACUAUUCCGCUCUAUCGCAAAGGAAUAUCAGAUCCUACAGUCUGAAUCGCUGAAGCAUCACGAAAAUAUCAUUUCAGUAUAUGGGUGCUGUUGGCAAUCACUGGACAUCUACGCGGGUCUGCCAAUCCCGUGUCUACUCCUGGAAGGGUCAGAAUUUGGCGACCUCUUGAAUUUUAGUCGGACACGAGAAUUGACGCUGCGGGAACGGCUCCGGAUUUGCAUUCAUGUAACAUCUGGGCUUCAAGCGAUCCAUUCUAUUGGCAUUGUUCAUGGAGAUCUCAAGCCACAGAACAUUCUUAUCUUCCAUUCAACAGAACGGGGCUACACUGCAAAGAUUGCAGAUUUUGGGUCAGCUAUUGUUUUGGGGGUGACAACCCUGCCUUCUAAGAGGCCAAUUGGCACGAUCCUCUACAGUGCGCCGGAGUGUUAUCAUAAUGACGUGACACUUGGGCGAGAGGAACUCUUCAAAACAGACAUUUUUAGUCUUGGCAUAGUCCUGUCAGCUCUGAUCCAAGGCAUGUACGUCUUAGAAGAAAUGAAGAAACUGUCAUGUUCUCGGCUGGAAUCUCUGAAGAAGGAAGGGGAGCUUCAUCAUUGGCUUAUAGCUCUCAGCUUGCGAGACUCAAAGAAUUUGGCUACGCAAGAUAAUAUUGAAAGUGCAGACAAUGGUAAAGGAUGGGAGGCAGAUCCUGCCUUUGAUGAGGAUUCUAUUCUGGCAGAUGAACAAAUUUGGGCCACGUUUGUCUGUUUGCUAAAGGGGACACUUGCCGCCCAGGCCACUCAACGAUUUGCGAGCGAAGAAACUAUCCUGUCAAUUCUCAGAAAUUUGUUGUGCUCACACUUGAGAAGGACACUUGGGCGUCGUGAAACCGCUUCUGGGGCAAUUUCUACAGAGCCAACUCCCCGAUGGUGGUCCCGGAUGAGCUCUGUGUUGGACAUAAGCAAGGCUAGGCUAAGGAAAGUCACCGGGGCUGCCAUACCUUCGCCAAUCAGGCUGGACCCACAAGAGAUUGAAGCCAUUUCACUCCGCUAUCUGCUUGGGAAGUCCUCAAAUAAUUUCUUCAGGGUGUCACAAUUUAUCCGGCAGCACACUACAAAUAAGCAGCCGCGAAGGUGCCGAUCAUCGAAGUGGCGAUGGCGUGCACGCCGAUCGCUGGCCAGGAGACGGCAAACUCGCGCCUCAUUUUGUCAGGAAGCAGAUACUCGCUUGAUUUAUCGGAUGACAGAAAUUGCAAAAGCAUGGAUUAAAAACCAACUCGUAACGCCAACGGAACUGAAAAUAAUAGGAACAGUGAAAAAAAUUUUCAAGGUCACGCAAGAUAGCAACCUCUUCUGGUUACUUCCAUUGCCUGUCAAGACGCUGCUGGAGGACCGGCUCCUACAUGAAGCCACCAACAGUACGAUUUCCAAAGAUGACCAAGCAGAGGCUGGUUACGAGUAUGCGGUUAUGGUCAUCAAUUCGGUGGGACUCUCGGCGCCGAGACUCGUUAAGGCUCUAGAAAUUUUGGCCCAAUCUGCUAAAAUUGGUCAUAUUGAGGCCCGGUCUACAUGUGGCAGGCUUCAUGAAGUAUUUGGCUACUCAUCCCCGAUUCCUCGCAAGGUGGAGAUUGAAUGGCUGCUAGCCGCUUCUGAGCAAGGGAGCUUAAUAGCCCAGGAACGUCUUCAAGCAUUGGACCCUAAACUAUUCAACCAAGCCAUACAGAACAGUCGAUGUCGCUACGGGGUUGUUUGUCCCAAGUUGGUCAAGUUACUGAACGAACAGUACCAGUGUGCAAUGGAAUCAGGCGAUCCAUCUGAGAUUCUGUUCGGCCAUAUACACUGCCUUGCAAGUACUGGAAAUAUCCAAUUACUGCUCAGGCUUCCCAAUCUACCAAGAUCAGUCUACAAUUGUGUAAAUUGCAUUGGAGAGACACCACUCCUGAUAGCUUGUCGGGGUGGCCAUGCAACAACGGCCGCACUCUUGCUUGAACGCGGCUCUGAUCCAAGAAUCCCUACAAAGGAUGGAGUCACCGCGCUACACUUCUUAAGCGCCUUUGAUAACAAGCAUAUACCAAAAAUAGCUGCACUUCUCUUAAAACAUGGUGCGGAGCUUGAUAAGCUCUCAGGAAGCGCUCUGAUAUACAAAGAAAUGGCUGACAGCCCAUUUGGCGUUGCGGAAGGGACUCCGCUGCUCUGGGCUGUAGCCGCGAGAAAUCCUUGUGCUACCCAGGUCUUGGUCGAUAAAGGUGCCAACCCGUUCAAGAGAAUACAAAAGUCAUCGAAUGUUCGUGAGCAUGGAUUCGAAGCAUCUCCAAUUGGAUUCGGGGCGAUGUUUCAUCAGUAUCAACUGCUAAAAAUAUUGCUAUCCUAUGCCAAAACUAACACUCAACGUCUGGAUCUUCGAAGGCUUUUAAAUACAUCAUUCAGUCGCUCGCAUAACACAUUCACCACUGCGCUUCCUAUAGCCAUUGAUUGCAACCCAAGCUUUAGGUUUCGCGAAUAUCUGAUUCAUGGCAAGGACUUCGAGCAAAUACCUGUCAAAUGUGUCCAGCUGCUCAUUGAAUAUGGGGCCGAUCCUAUGAUCCUCUCGCACGGUAUGCACGGCAAAGGCGAUCAUCCUAUCACAAUUGCGUGUAUCUCGGGAAACAUAUCAAUACUCGAAUAUUUGUGGGACUACAAAAACGGCUCCUUGAGACCCACGCCAAUACUAUGGUUGAGUUCCUUGCAGCAAGUCAUAUUUGGCCACCAUCGCCUCAUAUUCGACUUCUUGAUCGAGCAUAGGGGAGACAUUGCUCCUGAUCCUGCUGUUGAUAAGGCAGCUGUCGAGAAGUGUUUUCUGAAUACUAAUGAUCAGCAUUUCGUGAUGAGAUCUCUCAAGCUCAUACUGCAGCCAACAUCUGCAGAUCUUUCGUCAGAUCAUACAGAGCUCUUUGAGGUUGCUGUCACAACCGGGCAGCUUGAAGCAGCAAAAUUACUCUUUCAAGACGGAGGCGUCCAUCUCACUGGAAGACUUGUCGAUUCAACCAUCCUUGGCAAUCUCAUUUCGGUCUCUUCGAACUAUCCUAACAUGGAGCAGAAAGUUGCAUUCAUUCUGUCUCUCAUCCCAAAUAGAGAUGAAUUGUUCUGGAAUGUGUCGUAUUUGGAUGGCAGUGGCUUAACAGCUCUCCAGGCCAUUGUCUUCUCUUCAACCAAUGGAGGUCGGAUGAAUGCUGGAGUCUUCUGCAAUAUCCUCGACCACUUCAAUGACCGACAAUAUUUGAAUAGCCAAGUAAAGGGGGCGGCGCGCCAGAAGUAUACAGAAUUUACUGCUUUACAUCUGGCAGCACAAUGCGGCAAUUCUGAUGCUGUCACUAUGUUACUGCACAACCCAAUGGUCAACGCAAAUCUUCUGAAUUCUCAUGGCGAAAGCCCCGCUGAUAUCUGCGUUGCCCGAGAACAGGAAUUCGCUAGGCGGGGUAAGUUCCAACCGCAUGGAUCUGUUGCGAACAAUGAGCGACAGGAUAAUUUACAAAUCCUACGUGAUCUGAUGUCUGCUGGAGGACGCAUCUCGAAGUUUUCUACUAUCAUCGGGACGCCCGCGCAAGACGAUUACGAUGUAGAGAGUGUGGUGAAUAGACUCCAAGAUAUCUUUAUAUCAGGUAUGUUCUGCCAUGAGACCCAUCAUCUGAGGUACAAGGCCAAGAAAAUUAACUAAGUUGGGCUUAGAAAAAUAUACUCCCAAAGGGGCUGAUGAGUUUUAUUAUGAACUAAUCAAAGCGUUAAGAAAAAGAUAACAUUAUCUCAGCAGCAAUAACAGAUUAUUUUGCCCGGUCCGGCUUCGGCAUCUAGAGCCAGAUUCAUCUCAGCACUCCAAUUGAGCGGACCAUAUUCUAUCGUGAAGGCAUUGUUGUCAAGGAAUGAAUCUGAUUCAGCAAGGAGAGUGAAUGUGGUAUGUUUGCGAUGUUUGUGAUGUUCAGUAGAGGAGUAUCUGCCUGUGAGAGAGGAUUAUUCUCUCGGACUUUCUUGUCUACCUAGUUCUAGUUCAAAAGGAGUAGAUAGUUAUUCUGGCGUCAACCCCCCCUUGUUCUCUUGUAAUUCACACAUUUUUAAGAAACCUAU